CAGGUUCCUUAGCACUCUGGACCCAGGAAGGAAGGAGGAAGGAAGGAAGGAGCGAAGGGAGAGAGAGAAGCCCCAGGAUGAGCGCGCCAAGGCUGCUGCUGUCUCGCGCCCCGCGGUGGCUCUGCGGCCUCCAGGGAAGGCGGACCCCGGCGAGAAACCUCCAUACGGACAAUGACUCUGCACGUCUUGAAACCUCCUCUGCUAAAACGUUAAUGGACAUUGGAACUCGGAGCAUCUUUACUUCUGAUCAUGACAUCUUUCGGCAAAGUGUGAGGAAGUUCUUCCAGGAGUCUGUAGUUCCAUAUCAUGCAGAGUGGGAGAAGGCAGGGCAGGUGAGCAGAGAGCUUUGGGAAAAAGCUGGGCAACAGGGCUUGCUGGGUGUCAAUAUCUCAGAAGAACAUGGCGGUAUUGGAGGGGAUCUCUAUUCUGCAGCAGUUGUUUGGGAAGAGCAAAUGUACGCUAACUGUACUGGACCAGGAUUCAGUUUACACUCUGAAAUUGUCAUGCCUUACAUUGCCAACUACGGCUCCAAAGAGCAGAUUCAGAAGUUCAUUCCAGAAAUGGCAGCAGGAAAAUGUAUUGGUGCGAUAGCUAUGACGGAGCCGGGGGCUGGGAGUGACCUGCAGGGUGUCAGAACAAAUGCGAAAAAGGAUGGCAGUGACUGGAUUCUAAAUGGCAGCAAGGUAUUCAUUACUAAUGGCUGGAUGAGUGACUUAGUGAUUGUGGUUGCUGUUACAAACCGUGAGGCCCGUUCACCAGCUCAUGGCAUAAGCCUCUUUCUAGUGGAAAAUGGAAUGAAAGGGUUCAUCAAAGGGCGCAAGCUGGAGAAAAUAGGACUCAAAGCACAGGACACGGCAGAGCUGUUUUUUGAAGAUGUCCGCUUGCCUGCCAGUGCGUUGCUGGGACAGGAGAACAAAGGCUUCUAUUAUCUUAUGGCAGAACUUCCUCAGGAAAGACUACUGAUUGCUGAUAUGGCAAUUGCUAGUUGUGAAUUCAUGUUUGAAGAAACAAGAAACUAUGUGAAACAGAGAAAAGCUUUUGGAAGAACAAUUGCACAUUUGCAGACUGUACAACACAAGCUAGCGGAAUUGAAAACAGAGAUCUGUGUUGGUCGGGCAUUUCUGGACCACUGCCUCAGACUUCACUCUGCGAAACGGUUGGACUCUGCAACAGCGUCAAUGGCCAAAUACUGGGCUUCUGAUCUCCAAAACAAAGUGGCUACUCAGUGUGUACAGCUCCAUGGAGGAUGGGGAUAUAUGUGGGAGUAUCCAAUUGCAAAGUGUUUUGUCGAUUCUCGAGUUCAGCCAAUUUAUGGUGGUACCAAUGAAAUAAUGAAAGAGCUCAUUGCCAGAGAUAUUGUGAGCGACAAAUAGGCAUAUUUGGAUCCUGUUUCAGAUGGAUUAAACUGUAUUCUCACCCCACUCCCCACCCUCUUAAAAAAGGAAAGAAAGAGUGUGGCAUGUAGCUAAAGAAGAAGAGGCAUGAUUUAAAACUUGGUAAAAAAAAGAUUAUGUUUCUCUUGUUACUUUUACACAUUUAACAUGGGGUGAGUAAGUCUUCUGGUGUGACUCCAGAUGCAUUUAGAGGUAGAAAAUGACAACUGCCUUCUUUAUCUUUUAACGCUGGGAUUAUUGAAGCCUGAUGUAAUUAAUUCUAGUACUAAGCAUUAAGGACUAGAGAAUCACAUGCACUGGAGGAUGUCUUUGGAGUGGCUAGAGAAAAGGGAAACAUAAUUGUUGAUGUUGAGGUAAUGAGGAAAAUACUCUUUGGAAUUUGUGCCUAUUUCUCGUAUUUCUGACUCAUUUUUUCCUUUAUUGGAAAUACAGCUUUUAAUCAUAAUCUUAAUGGUGGCCUGGAAAGAAUUCUUCGGACUUGAUAUUUAAUCUUAUAAUGUUAUCAGGGAAUUGCACAUGAAUGUUAACAAUGUUUACAUACAGCACAAACUGCCUUGUUUGCUAUUUGUUUCUAUUUUGUCUAAAACAAAUAAAACAACCAAAUCAGCA